AUGAUUAGAGGAUAUCCUUCUAAGCUUCAAAUUUUAUCUUCUUCAAGGAUCCCACAAAGACAUUUUUUGACAAGACAAAGGACUUGUGGGGUUGAAUUGAAAAGUAUGAGGUCAUGGCAUAAGGAAUGGUACCAUAGAUUCAUGUUGAUCAAGGCCAUUCUUGUUCUCAUCAUCGUUAGUUUUUGCUCACAAUCCAAGUCAAUGUGGAUUAGUAGUUUUAAGGAUAUCUUGGUUAUACUUCUUCCAUAUUUCCAUAUUCGUUAUCAGUUCCUCAAAACAUUAUAUUUGUUUUUUGGAAAAAAGAUCAGUAUCAUUGGCUGCACAAGUCUCGAGGAAUUUACCGUCUCCUCGGAUUUAAUUGAAAACUUGGAUUUAAGCAGUACAUGGAUUCAAACACUUGACCUAUCUAUUGGGCUUCUUCGCAAUCUUAAGUGGCUUAAUCUUGAGGGUUCAAGACUUGAGUAUCUUCCAAAGGAGUUACCUAGCCUAACAUCUAUUAAGGAGCUUAGGAUUUCUGGCAGUGGACUAAAAGUUAAGAAACAACAGCUACAUGUCUUGUUUGAUGGCCUACGAUCUCUACAAAUACUACAUUUGAAGGAUUGUAAUAACUUGUUUGAACUCCCUGACGACAUCAGUGUCCUAUCAAAAUUACAGGAACUAAUUCUAAAUGGAAGCAACGUGAAAAGGUUGCCGGAAAGCAUCAGGAAUCUUCAAGGGCUAGAAAUUCUGUCAUUGGAGGAAUGCAGGGAGAUUCGGUACCUUCCAGAGCUCCCCUCUCUCAUCAAAUUAUUAAAUGCCAGCAAAUGCACGUCCCUGGUUUCAGUUUCAGAUUUAAAAAAAAACUAUUGCAUCAAAGAUGAUGGGAAAUGCCAAAUAAUAUUUCAUUCAGGGACAGCCUGA